UGUGUGUGUGUCCAAGUCGAGUAAUCGUCAGUCAGAAUUGGGGAAGAUGAAUAAGUCUUUUUUUUUGGCCCAAUUAGAAAUGCUGGAAAGAUUCACAUCAAUGAGGAGAACGAAAUGAUCUGCCGAUAUCUGCUGUUGCCUAUUCCCACUGACCCUGUACUCAAAGUGGACGUGGGACGACUCAAGCGUCCUCUGUUGCUGGUUGUUGGUGAGGACGAUCAGAACUGGCCAGCCUCUGAGUCUGCACAGGACAUUAGGGAGAUGAUGGAGAGGGCGGGAAAUAGCCACCUGCUGACUGUCCUGUCGUACCCGAACGCAGGUCACCUGAUAGAACCUCCAUACACCCCACAUGUCCGAGCCAGCACGUUCAAAACAGUUGACACAAGUGUGCCAUUUAUGGCUCUGUGGGGCGGAGAGACGGUGGCACAUUCUCGUGCUCAGGAAGAUGCCUGGAGGAAGACGCUGGUCUUUUUGAGGGAGAAUCUGUCUGGCGGCACAAACCUACUGCAACCGCAAUUUCCCAUCUGUAACAAAGGCGACAACUAAUGAUUAUAUACUUUUGCAAAGAUGCAGACAAAUGUACCCAUUUGAAAAAAGACAUAUUCAGAAUCAAAUUCAGAAGAAGAUACAGAUUCCGCACACUUAUACUGAUGUGUUCAGCCGUCUUAGUGCAUUUUCUUUCAGUGAGAGAUGAAAGUUAACAAUUCAGUCGGAUGUUUAGAAUUGAAAUUAUUAGAAUAGAAAGUGUGUAUAUAUAUAUAUAUAAGGUACUUGCUGUUUUAAAUAGUAGUUCUACCAUGCACAACCAUAAGGCACCAGACGAGCGUGAGGUAGAGUAUGCUGAACAUCAGCAGACACAUUAAACAGGUACAUAUGAGGGAAUUACUAUAAUGGGACAUGCCAGUAAGUGAGAUAGACAGAAGAAAGAAAGAUGCAUUGGGAAAGUCUUUACAAUUGUAAAGUGUAUGUUUCUUUGUGACAAAUGCUUUUUAUAGUGCUAUAGAAAUGGAAUUACAGCGUUUUACCUGUCUGAAAUUUUAUUGUCUGAAAUUUUUAUAGGCAGAAAUGUUUAUUAUGGAUCCAGACAUCCAAUGGCUACCACAGUCUUGUGUGUGCUGGACCACUGGUUGUUCUGGGAUCUCUCUCUCUCUCCUCUCGUCGAUUUUCCUUUGCUGGAAAAGUGAAGACUCUUUGUGGCUACAAGAGCUUUCUGCCUACUUAAUUUAGAAAAGUUAGUUUAAUCUCUACAUGCUGAGGAGGCUUCAUAACGUUUUUCACCAAAUAGAACUUGUAAUGUCCAGGGUGAGACAUGUCCAAGCAAAGAAUAAUGGCAUUAACCUAACCCUAACCCUAACCCAGAAUUUGGCAUUUAGGAUUUAGAAUAGAGCAUAUAGGAUUUAAGAAAGGCUAUUUAGGGUGUGGCAUUUAGGAUUUGGAAUUGAGAAUUUAGGAUUUAAGAAAGGCCGUUUAGGAUAGGAGAAUUAGGAUUUAGGAUAGGGCAUUUAGGAAUUAAGAAUUGGCAUUGGGAUUUAGGAUUUAGGAAAGGGCAUUUAGGAUCAUGCAUUUAGGAAUUAGGCUUGUGCAUUGGCAUUUAGGAUUUAGGAUUGGGCAUUGGUAUUUAGGAUUUAGGAUUUAGGAUUGGGCAUUGACAUUUAGGAUUUAGGAUUGGGCAUUGGUAUUAAGGAUUUAGUAAUGGGUAAUUAGAAAUUAGGAUGGGGCAUUUAUGAUUUAGGAAUGGGCAUUGACAUUUAGGAUUUUGGGGGACACCUUGUGCCAAAGGAGCAGUGGAGGAGAUGCAGUUAUGGAUGUUGAUUAACUGUUGUCUGUUGGUGAGGUAGGAGAGGAGCCAGGAGAGUGCAGUGCCAAUAAUAUUGGAGUAGGUUUCCAGUCGGGAAAGAAGAGUUGAGUGGUUGAUGGUGUCAAAGGCUGGAGUGAGGUCGAGCAUGAUUAGGAUGGUGAUGUGACCGGAGGAGGUCAUUGGUUAUUUUGAGGAGGGCUGUUUCAGUGCUGUGUUGUGAGCAAAUCCAGAUUGAAAUGGUUCGAACAGGUUGUUAGUGGUGAGGUGGGUUUGAAUUUGAGCAGCGACAACACGUUCUAGCAUUUUUGAUAGGAAGGGGAGAUUGGAGAUGGGUCGGAAAAUGGACAUGAUGUCGGGGUUGAGACCACGUUUCUUGAGGAUGGGGGGGACAGCUGCAACUUGUGUUGUGGGGACUGAUCCAGAUGUUAGGGAGGAAUUAAUGAUUUUGAUGAUGAGUAGGGUGAUGGAUGGAAGGCAGGUCUUGAUUGGUGGGAUUGAUGGGACUGCAGCUUCAUUUUUUUUUCAUUCAUUUUGUAACAGUUCUAAAGGGGACAGAGGUGAGAAACAAGGCAGUGACUGAGAGUGGGGGCGGGUGGGGGGGUUGAGGGGACAGGGGAAGUAGUGAAGUUGCUGUAGAUAGUGUCAAUUCUAGAUUGAAAGGAAGACUGGAAGGAGUUGCAUUUGUCCACUGUGAAGGUUGCAAAGAUGUUAUUGGUGAUGUUGAGGAGUUUCUUUAUUGUAGAGAAAAGAAACUUGGGGUUGCUGGAAGUUGUUGUUGUUUCAUUGUACUGCUAAGUGUGUUACUACUUCAUCCUCAUGUAUGUAUAUCUCUCAUUUGUGUACCUGCUUAGCUUACUUGAUUGUUUGUUUUUUUUUAUCGCAAAAUACUUUCUGACUGUAAGUCAUUGUAUUUCUAUCUUCAGGAACACAGGGCACACUCAAUCUCUACAAAACAAACAAUUAAACAAAAAAAAUUAACAAUUAAACCUGUAUGUAAUGGUAUAUACUGUACUGGUACAUUGUUUUCGAUGAUUUUAUUGGACUUAGCAAUAAUAAACCACAGAACACAAUCCACAAA